AUGGAUAAAGCAUUCACUUCUUUUGUAUCAACACUCUUGUUGCUUUACUAUGUUAUGGCUACUUCAGCCAUGACUCAUACCAACAUUACCACUGAUCAAUUAGCUCUUCUUUCUUUGAAAUCCCAAAUCUUUUCAGACCCCCUUCACUUCUUUGAUGAAAACUGGUUUCCAACUACUUCUGUUUGCCAUUGGGAAGGAGUCACUUGUGGUUCUCACCAUCACAGAGUGAGGUCGUUGAAUCUUUCCAACAAGGCUCUUACUGGAAGAAUUCCACAAGAUUUUGGAAACCUCACAUUUCUUGUUUCCCUUGACUUGGGAAGCAACAAUUUCUAUGGAAAAUUGCCUCAAGAAAUGGCACGUUUGCGUCGUCUUAAUUUACUUGAUUUAAGUUUCAACAACUUCAGAGGAGAGGUUCCUUCUUGGUUUGGGGUUUUACACCAACUUCAAGUUGUAACUCUUAGGAAUAAUAGUUUCAUUGGAUCCAUCCCCUCUUCGUUUUCUAAUCUUUCGAAACUCGAAACUUUGAGUUUGAGGUUCAACUCCUUAGAGGGCCAAAUCCCAAAGGAGAUUGGAAAUCUUAAAACCCUUAGGAAUUUAGACUUGACCGGAAACAAACUCGUAGGUUCUAUCCCGCUGACUCUCUCGAAUGCCUCAAGGUUGGAGAUCUUAAAAUUCUCUCGCAAUUUCCUUCAAGGAAACAUCCCAAAAGGGAUCGGCAAUCUUCACAACAUGAACUUUUUGGGUAUAGAAGAUAAUCAGCUUAUAGGUUCUAUACCAAUGUCAGUUUUCAACAUUUCCAAAAUUGAAGUGAUUGCAUUUACAAACAAUAGCUUAUCAGGAAGUCUUCCCAAUGGAUUAUGCAAUGGUCUUCCAUUACUCAAACAACUUGAUUUAUCUUGGAACAAGCUUCGUGGUCAAAUGCCUACAACCUUGUCAAAUUGCUCAGAACUUCAAAUUUUGUCUUUAUCAUAUAAUGAGUUUGAUGGACCAAUACAUAAUGAAAUUGGAAGUCUACGUAACUUGCAGUUGUUGUAUCUCGGAGGUAACCAUUUCACAGGAAUAAUUCCACAGGGAAUCGGAAAUCUUGUUAAUUUGUUGGAGUUAACCAUGGAGAAAAACCAGAUUACCGGAUCAGUCCCAAUCUCCAUAUUCAACAUCUCCUCAUUGCAACUUUUGGCACUAUGGAGGAACAAUCUCAAUGGAUCCUUAUCACAAGAGAUUGGCAACUUAACCAAGAUGCAGGUUAUAGAUCUUCAAAAAAAUAAGUUUACUGGUGAAAUACCCAAAGAGAUAAGCAAUCUUGUUGACUUGGAGGUAUUUAUUCUUGCGUUUAAUAAUUUUAGUGGUCCACUUUCAAUGGAGAUACUCAACAUAUCAAGGCUGAGAAUAAUUGAUCUUACAGACAAUAUUAAUCUAUCAGGAACCCUCCCAUCAAACAUAGGUUAUAUCUUACCCAACAUUGAACGUCUUUUUCUGAGUCGCUUAGCCAAUCAUGUCGGGACUAUACCUCAUUCAAUCUCCAAUUGUUCAAGACUUACAAUUCUAGAGCUUUCAUAUAACAAACUCACUGGCUUGAUUCCUAACUCACUUGGACAUUUGACUCGUUUACAGAAACUAGGCUUGGAGGGAAACAAUUUAAUGAGCGACUCAUCGUUAAGCUUCCUGACUUCCUUAACAAACUGCAGAGAUUUAACAUUUCUUUCUGUAUCUUUCAACCCUUUAAAUGGCAUGCUUCCACUUUCUGUAGGUAACCUCUCCACAUCCCUUACAUAUUUUAUCGCCAUGGAUUGCAAAAUUAAAGGGCGAAUUCCAAAUGAAAUUGGGAACUUAAGCAGCUUACUAGACCUUCGUCUUUCUUAUAACAACUUGGUUGGAUCGAUUCCCACAUCAAUUGGAAGCCUGAGAAACCUUCAAGGCUUGUUCUUGAGUACCAACAAACUUACCGGAAGUGUUGGAGAUAAUCUAUGCAAAUUGCAGUAUUUGGUUGCUAUUUACUUGGAUCAUAAUCAACUUUCAAGAUCACUUCCUAAUUGUAUAGGGAAUGUUACUUCCCUUGGGGAGAUACAUAUGGGUUCCAAUAAAUUGAGUUCCAAUAUACCAACAAGCUUAGGGAACCUUAAAGAACUAACGAUUCUUGACUUAUCGUCAAACAACAUGGGUGGUUCUUUACCUCCAGAAAUUGGAAAUCUAAAGGCUGUUGAACAGAUGGAUUUGUCAAUGAAUCAAUUUACAAAUUGCAUUCCUAGAGAAAUUGGAGGCUUACAAAAUCUAGUGAACCUUUUUUUGAGACACAACAAGUUGCAAGGAUCUAUACCUGAGUCAAUGAGCAACAUGGUAGGUUUAGAAUUCCUAGACCUUUCUCUUAAUAAUAUAUUAGGAACCAUUCCCAAGAUUUUUGAGAAACUUCAAUACCUGAAGUAUUUCAAUGUUUCUUACAACAAGUUGUAUGGUGAAAUCCCCUCUGGGGGUCCUUUCAAGAACCUCUCAAGUCAGUUUUUUCUCUUCAAUAAAGCAUUAUGUGGUUCUCCAAGAUUUAGUGUCUCACCGUGCCCCAUUUCUUCCAAGCAUAGAUCAAAUAGGAAAAAAAUGCUUCUAUUUCUUCUACUGGGAAUUGCACUAUCAUUUGUUCCUAUCACCUUUUUGCUAAGGUAUAGAAAAGGUAAAAGAGCUCCUCAACAAGCUGAUUCAUUGUCUAUUGCAAGAAGUAGAACAAUAUCAUAUUAUGAACUGCUCCAAGCAACUAAUGAGCUUAGUGAGAGUAAUCUAAUUGGUUCUGGGAGUUUUGGCUCUGUCUACAAAGGCAUACUCAGAAGUGGGACUGCUAUUGCAGUUAAAGUGUUCAAUCUACAAUUGGAAGCGGCAUUCAAGAGUUUUGAUAUAGAAUGUGAAGUUUUGCGUAACCUCCGUCAUAGGAAUCUCACAAAAGUCAUCACUAGUUGUUCCAACCUUGAUUUUAAGGCUUUAGUACUCGAGUACAUGGCCAAUGGAAGCCUCGAUAAGUG